AUGAUCUGCUGUGAUGUCAGUUCCUGGAAGCCAAAUUCUGUAUAUCUACUCAGCCUAACCGUGGCAGAUAGUGUGGUUGUUUUCUGUGUGCUUUUCCGUGCAGAUUAUUACCUUCGCUAUCAAGACUGGGUGUACGGUGACAUUCCCUGCAGACUAUUGCUCUACAUCCUUGCUGCUGCUAGAGCUGCCGGCAUGAUGUUUUUAUCUCUUAUUGCUCUAAAUCGUUACUGCAAAAUCUUGUUUCCUUUUCACAAAGUGAAUAACAUUACUGUAAGCCAAGCUACUGUUAUAUGUAUUACACUGUGGAUAUUUAUCUUUGCAAUGCACUCUUAUAUCCUAACAGGUCCCCAUUUUUUCAACAUGAACAACCGCACACAAUGUGAAAGUUUUAACAUUUACCCACAAUCCCCAACUGCCUGGCAGGAUGCCUUCUAUAUCUCCCUUACAUGCCUUUCCUUGCUGACUAUAUCAUACUGCACAGUGUGCAUUGUUUUACAUUUGAAGGACAAUGCUAUUGAUACAAAUGGAAAGGUGGGAAGAGCAAUGAACUUCAUUCUGUUAAUUGCUGCUGUAUUCGUUGUCUGUUAUCUACCUAGUGCUACAGUCAGAAUUGCAAUAUUGGUCUUGAAAGCCAUGAAAUAUGAGGAAUGUGCAAACUAUAGGAAUUUAAGCCUUGCAUUUUAUUUUAAUAUCUGCCUAACUUACUUUUAUAGCAUGCUUAAUCCCAUUUUAUAUUACUUUUCAAGUCCUUCCUCUCAUGUCUUUAUAAAAUUCUGGAAAAACAAAGAGAUAAAGUCAAGUGAAGGCCAUUAA